AACUACAUAUCAAUUAUCAAUCAUGUUAUGAUUUAUUCAAUGUUCAUUAAUAAAUAAUAUUAUAUUAUAAUAUUACAUGUAUAUCAUGGUACAGUAUUGUAACAGAAUUUACUUUUAAUUUUCAAAGUUUUACUAAUUUAACUAUCAAUGUGUUGAAUACUUGAAUGUCGUUACCUUGUUGUUGUUAAAUAUUUAAUUUAAUCUGUAUUACCAAACAAUCUUAUAUUUAAUUGUUGGAUUUUUGAAAUCCAUCUUUUUAUUAACGUUCGUGUACAUUAAUAGCUUUGAAUUUUUAAAAUGAAUAAAGAAAGACGCGUCGGACGUCGUAGUGUGGUACAAAAUCUUGUUAAACUUACUCCCGAAUACGAUAAUGAAGAAAAGGUGUCAAUAGGACCAAAAAAGGCCCUGUUUGAUGACGAUACAUUUGUUAUGAAACGUACAUUAAAGCCUUUACAUGAGAUCAACAAUUUUCAGUUUUCUUCAUCAAAAUCUAAAAGUCAUGAUAAACUUUAUACAGAAAAUACUUUUGACAUACCGAAAUCUACAUACAUGGAAAUGUUUAAUAACCAUAACAAAAUUCCAUUAUCUCCACCUAGUAGAAUCAAGCUUCUUGAAUCAACAAUGGGGAAAUCUCGCCAAAAGCCGUGUGAACCUGUAUUACAAUCAAAAGAACUUUUUAACACUCUUAUUGACUCACCUUGUACUAAGUAUGAAAAAGUACAGUUCAACAAUGCAUUAUCAUCUGCGUCUAAGUAUUUAUUAAACCGCCACUUAGAAUCUGUCCAACAAAAUGCUGACAUAUUUAAUGCCUCAAUACCUGAUGUAAAUUUUUCUCCUGUUAAUGAAAAUCAAUUUAAUAAAUUCAAAACUCCUAGUUUAAUAGAUCUAAGUAUUACUCCGACGCCAGACAUAGGUCAGUCUCAAAGCCAAACUCAAAUAUCAAAUUUACCUUUGUCAGUUGGAGUAACAAAAAACAAAAGAAUUGAUGAUAUUUGUCAAACUCAAACAUCAAAUAUGCCUCUAUUAACGGAAGAAGUUGAAGAAUUGAAAAACAAAGAUAUUGAUGACAUUCGUCAAACUCAAACACCAAAUGUGUCUUUAUUAAUUGAAGAUAUUGAAGAACUGAAAAAAAAAGAAGUUGACGAUAUUCGCCAAACUAAAUCACAAUGUUGUAACUUAAUGAAGACCCGGUUCAAAGAAAUUGAACUAGAAAUUGAAAAACUUUUUGGUAUUAUGGAAAAUAAAGUUAAUGAAAACUAUGAUAAACUGAUAAAAAAAGUUCAGGAUGGAAACAAUGACAGUGUUGAAUCGCAGACUUCAAACAUUACUACAGAAACAGUGAAGGAAAAAAAUUAUACUAGAAUGACUGGCGCUUUUGGAAUUUUCAACAAUUUAAAUAAAGAUUGUAGUUUUUUGAAAACUCCUAAGACUAAAGGCAAAACCCGAGAAGAAAUGUUAAAUAGAGGGGUUUUGACACCAUGUACAAUGUCAUUCGUUUUACAAGAACAAUUAAUGCACUUGAAUAGUAGUUCUUAAGAAAUUCAAAAUGCAGAACUAUUAUGAAUGAAGAG